CACCAGUCACCACCUGCCCGCCCGCGUGCGCAGGCGCCGGGCACCAAAUCACCAAACCCUAGGCAUCCUUCGUCUCCGCCGCUCCGCCCGUCGCGCGGCAGGUGAGCUUCCUAGCCGGGGGCUCACCAGGGAGGCGGGCGCUUGGUAGCCAGCUGCGAUGCUCACGCGUUCUCCGUACAAAGCUGCGAUGAGCUCAGACCCGGGAGGCGGCGGCGGCGGAACGAAGCUGGAGGGGCAGGCUGCACGGACGGGCGGGGCUGCGAAGGCAGACGCGACGGAGAAGUUGACGGGGAAUUCCGACCCGAAGGUUGAUGCUGAUGCGGUGACGGUGGAAGCCGCGGAGGAGGUGACCGGGGUGAAGGUGGAGGGGAUGAUCGUUGUGGCGGAGGAUGCGGUAGGAUGCUGGUACCGAUGGAGAUGGAGGUCUUGCGAUGGUGAGUGGUUUUCUGUACAAGAUAGAAGCGGCGGGUAUGGUUGACGCAGAAAUAGAUGGAGCUGGCUAUGGUGAGAACGUGCAAGUCCCGGGCUCCCGGCUAGUGGAGGUGGGAUGGAGGGGAAGUUGGGAGUGGAAUCUGGUGGCCUGCAGAGUGAGGAGGGAGCCGCUGCUAAGAUUGUGGAACGGUCUGCUUACCAUACAUCUCAGCAUGCUGAAGCUGAACUCAACAAAAGUGAUCAGUCUGCCAGAUACUGCCUCCCUCAUCUUGAUAGUGGUGAUAUUCGAGUUUCUGAUCUUGUCCGGGGCAAAUUAGAAGGUUAUAAUUGGUGGCCCGGUCAAAUUUUUGAUCCUUCUGAUGCAUCUGAGCUGGCAUUGAAGCAUCAAAUAAGUGGAAACCACUUGGUAGUGUUUUUUGGUGAUGACACAUUUGCAUGGUGUGAUGAAUCCCAGUUGAUGCCUUUCAUGACCAACUAUGCACAGAUGGAAAAACAAAGCAAUUCUGAUAUGUUUGUUAAUGCGGUUAACCAUGCACUUGAAGAACUCGCGAGGCAGAUAUUAUUAGGGAUGAGUUGUCUGAGUUCACCCGAAGAGCUUUCUGUUUCUGAAAGUGGAAUGUCUUAUUUGGUUGAGAAUCAUGGACUUAGGGAUGGAGUUACUAGCUCAACAACUAAUCGGGCUGAGGUCUUGAAACAUUUCUGUCCAAAAAAUCUUGUUCAGUAUGUUAAGUUGUUAGCUUUGUGUCCUGGUCAAGGGGGUGAUUUGCUGGAAUUAGUGAUAGCUUGCUCUCAGCUUACCUCUUUCUAUCGGUCUAAGGGCUUCCCUGAACUUGCCACAUUUCAAACCACCAGUGGAAGGGCUGAAAAUGCCAUGGACGCUCUUUCCGCCAAGAAUGUAGAGGAAGAUGUCAGCAGUAUAGUGGAUUCUAAUUAUGAUAAGUCCAGAGAAGGCAUCAGGAGCCCUCGUAAACAGAAGCCUGAGGAUGGUAUUGAGUCAAUGGAGAAAAAUAUGACAUCCUAUCUGUUCAACUCUUGCAGUUAUGAUUAUCCAGGGGAAAGAUAAAUGACUGGCUCUGCUGAUUAACUUAAGCCAAAGAGGGGUCAAAAUAGGAUAGAUGUGCAUUCCCCUGUGGUAGAAAUGACUGAUCACACGCUUGAUUCUUGCUGGUCUGAAUUGAGUCUGCACAAUGACCCAAUCUACAGCCUCAAAAGAGCAAAUACCAGGACGAAGCACACGCAUAAGCGGAGAUCAUCACCGGAAAGAUCCGUGCCUUCAUCACAACAAGUUCAGCCUGCAACAUUGGCUCCGAAGAAGAUACAAGUGAUGGAAAGACCAAUCAUCCAUGUCAAUGCCAAAAUGGCCCAUGAGGUGAAGCCCACUGCACUUGUUUUGAGGUUUGGCAGGUCAGCUGCUCUUCCUUUAGAAAUGGAUCUCAUCAAGAUGUUCAGGGGCUAUGGGCCACU